UUCACCCCCCACACUCACUCAUUGCCUCUUCCUCCUCUUCAAGCCCUUGAUCCACAUCUCGUUCUUCAACAACCAGAGCCGGUCUGGGACACUGAGGAAUGGCCGGAACCGACGAUCUCGACGACGACGAUGCCGCUUUCUACGCGCCUGCAUACCAGACCGAAGGAUCCGGCCCAUCACCAACUUCGCGCACAUCUGUGCAGAAGGUUUUGUCAGUUAUAUCCCAGUUCUCGGAGUAUAAGAAAUUUCUUGUUGAACAGACUGGUUUUGCUGGCAUACUAAAGCUCCCACAGAUCACUAGACUGAACCUUAGAUUUAGCAGAUGGCUUCUAUAGAAAAUAGAUGUACACAAGAGAGCAAUAGUUUUUGGUGAAAAACCCACGAGUGUGUUAAGUUUUUCUGCUGCUGAUGUCCACAAGGUAUUUGGUAUACCUUGUGGAUCACGCGAUAUCCACGCUCCUGAAUCACAAUGCUCACCCAACACUAUCAAAUUCAUUAGAUCUGCACUUGGGAUGACCGACAAGGGUAACCAGAUUUUGAAAGUAUCUGAAAGUGUUAUAGGUAGGCCGUUGGACGAGCACACAUCCAGCAACCUAGAGAAAGAUUGUUUCAAAAUUUCAUUUGUCAUUUUUGUGAUGGGACACUUGCUUGCGCCAUCCACCAAGCACGACAACAGAUCAAUAGACUUCUGGAGCGCACUCUCCAAUACUGACAACAUCCAAGAUUUCAACUGGUGCGAGUAUGUUCUUCAAGAUCUGUUCGCUGCCGUCAAAACCGUCAAAGAUGACAUUGCCAACAACCGCCCCACGACCCACCUGUACGGAUGCCAUCUGUGGGCACAGAUUUUCUACCUCGACAACCUUGAUCUAGGAAUUUUUAACCUCCGACAUUCAGUCAUGCCCCGUGUAGCUGCAUUCGACGACACUCAGAUGAGGCGCAUGAUAUUGCAGUGCUCAACCACAGUGAACGGUGUUGAGCAAUGGAGCGGUGCAACCGUCCGUGAUGCGUCGCAAAUAUGUUAUAUGAGGGCCAUAGCUGACUCCCCUCCAGACCAGAUCACUCCAACCAUGUCCAGAAGCAGGCCGCCUGUUUUCCCGCACCAUGCGCCUAAUUUAGCCGAUGCGCACAUAUCUCACACUGGUUCAGCACUAACCAAGCCGUGCCCGACUAUUCCAAGCACGCAGCUACUCACAGCUUCUGACUAUGCCACCUACAUGAAAGACAUGUAUCCACUCCUGGCAUCUAGUGAGCUAGGUAUCAUACUGAAGCAGCACAAUGCGCUUGGUGUACAGCAAGCAAAUGCUGUCAGGAACAACAGCAUAAAUGAGAGCACGCGCUUCCUCGACAAAUUAGUCCAAGUCCUGUCGGACACAUGCAUUUGUUGCAGCCUCCGCUCUUUGCCUUGCUUAGUGCAGCAGAGACAUCAGAACUCACACUCAAACCCCUCUGCGAGCAAUUUGUUCAGACGCAGGCUCGACCAAGCCGAUUCUGAUGCUGACAGCUCAUCGACAAGGAGCACGAAGAGAUGCAGACCUGCAGAAACUCCUGAUACGGCGCCACAGAAAGACCAACAAGGAAUACAAUCAGAACGGACAGAUUCUGGGUCUUCAUACCUCACACCAAAAGACAAGAUCAUCCGCCACAAGAAUACAAGGGACGUCAAGAUAAAAAACUGGGCAAGCUCUGUCCGUGACUCAAUUCUGAUGUACAAUGACGACACAAGCACACCUCCACAUGCAGUUUUAAUAGGGCAGACAGCAGACCCACCCACCAAAUUAUGUGCUAAGCACACACAUUACGCGAUUGAUCACUGGGCUGCUCUGGUCGAUGUCGAGUACCAAUCAAUAGCACAGCAAGACAAGCUGUCUUUUAUUGUCAUGUCUAUUCCUCAACCAAACGGCCCAAGGUCGUUCAUGUCCCACCCACACCCCAGGUUCAUCUCAAUGCCGAUAAAAACCAUCGUGGACCAACUGGUUGGCCACACAUUUCUUGAACACGAGCUUUGCUGCCUCAUCAUCCGCCGUCUGCGCCAGCUUGACACGACAGUUUUAUAUACCACCACAGAGGGAGCAUGGCGCCACUGGUUCGAAGUUGAUUUCUCGACAAACAUCCUAUCAGGCGAGAAGGCGUGGGACAUUAAAUCUGUUCAGGAUCAGUUUAUCGGCCACGGGGUUUCGUAUAACAUAGCACUCUGCCGCCUGUUCCAUGUGCCAGUAAUCCUAGCGACUGGGUGGUGUAUAUAUUCAUGGGAUAUGCAAAAAAAAAAUCAUACACAUUUUUGACCCCGUUGCUCCUACGCUACCCGAUGAUUAUUCACAAAUUCAUGAAGCCAUCGCCGAAAAGAUCCAUGUUGCAAUGUUCACAUGCUUUCUGAAGUUUUUUACUCACUGGCACGUCGGCUCUACCAACUGGACAAAGCAAUUCCCGGUUGUUACCUCAUGCAUCUUUAACAAAUCGGAGAGUGGGAUCUGCAUCCUCCACUUUGGCAGGCACUUCAACGGUUCCUCGCUUGAACAACAGCUGACAAAUGAUUCUAUCAUCCGCGAGAAGGGAUUAUUACUUCACCAGCUGAUGAAGCUACAUGGCAACCUUAUAGAAGUCCCAACUGGAAUCAAGGCUAUCACAUCGUCGCCGUAGUAGCACCAACAUAUUUCUAAUUAUUAUCAUUCAGAGCCAAGGAAACGUGUAACCUGUCCACUGGAUAUUGUUAAGCUAUUCCGAUGGUGAACACUAGUGUCACCUAGACACCGAAGUUGUAGUUUGUUAAUUCCAUAGCUCUCUCCCUCUGAAGAGAUAUGUUCAAACCGUCGAACUUAUAACAACUUGUUCAGGCAGACACAU